AUCGGCCGCCGUCCCCGCCACUGCGCCUUCGUGUUCCGCGACCGCCGCGUCAGCAAGCGCCACUGCCAGCUCCUCUUCGACGCUUCCCUCCGCAAACUCUUCAUCCUCAACGGCGUUCUGCUCCACGCCGGCCCCUCCGCCUCCGCCACCUGUCGCCUCGUCCACGAGUUCAGAAGAAGGGCGAUGACGUCAUCGCAGGGUGCCUGCGACGGCCUCGCGCUUCGAGAACCUUCCAACGGCGUUUUCGUCAACGGGGUCCAGCUCGGAAAGGGGAGGGCGGUGGAAUUGUGUGCCGGAGAUAGGGUUUCGCUGGUUUGCGAGAACGGUUCGUGUGGGAUUGGGUUUGUUGUUGAGAGAAUUGAUUUGGAAGGGUAUGGUGGCGAAAUUGAUGGGUUAACGUUCUCGGGGCACUCGCAGAGUGGGAAGAGGAACAAGAGGGUUUUCGCUGUGAAGGCUAAUGUUUCAAGGAGUGAAGGAGUUGUUGGGAGGGCAAGGUUUCUUCUCGAAAGGUGUAGGGAUAUAUUGCUUAAUAGUGAUCCUGUGACGCACAUUAAGUGUGCUGAGGUGCAAUCAAGUUUACAAUUGUCUGGUGAAAGCAAAGUGAAGGAUUUGGAGGGAAAAAGUGGCGGUUUUUGUGGAAGAGGGAAAGUGGGGUUUGAUGUUGCUAAUGAGGUUCCUAAUGUGAUGAGGGAGGUGGAUUCUGUAGGGAAGGAUAGUCAUAAUCCUCCUUCCGUUGGUGGUGACUGGCAGGGAGAGUGUAGCGGCAGCAACAAUGGUGGCAAUGGCGGUGUUUGUCCACCGCCUGGCAAGAAUUUUUACCUGAAUCGCCUUGAAUUUAUGAACUGCGACUCCUCGGCGCAUCAUCCCUCGAUAACUCUCCCUGAGCUUAUUCAUCCUGUGGAGAGUGUUUCGAGGAUGUUCAUUGCAACGUUUACAAGUGACAUAAAAUGGUUCUUGACAUAUUGCAAGAUUCCUUUUCAUCUUCCAGUCACAAUUGCAUGCCACAAUACUGAGAGAUGUUGGAGUUCAAAAUCCGAUGAAAGAGUAUUUGUGCCUUACCACAAUUAUCCUAACCUUGUUGUGGUGUGUCCUCAAUUCCCUGAAACCAUAGCAUUUGGUAAUAACCGCAAGAGACAGGGGAUUGCUUGCCAUCACCCGAAGUUGAUUGUUUUGCAAAGAAAAGAUAGUAUUCGAGUUGUUAUUACAUCUGCUAAUUUGGUGGAAAAGCAGUGGAACAGUGUGACUAACACUAUAUGGUGGCAAGAUUUCCCUCACGUCAUUUCUUUUGAUUUUACAUCACUUUUCCAAAAAAUUGGUGAUGCUGACAUUCAUCGAGGCUCAAAGUGUGACUUUGCUGCUCAGUUGGCUGGGUUUAUGGCAUCUCUUGUUAAUGAUGUACCCAGCCAGGCUCACUGGAUUACUCAGCUGACAAAAUAUGACUUUGGAGGUGCAACAGGACAUCUUGUUGCUUCUAUACCUGGAAUUCACUUUUAUAAAACUUCUGUCCUGUCAGAAUCUUUUCAGGCUUCUCCGGUUCUUGGUUCAGUUGUGGCAUCUGUGGUUGGUUUGAGCCAUCUUUUCCGUGCUGUGGCAGACUCAAAAAGUGCAAGACUAAGAGCACUAGCUUCUUUCCUUAGAAAGUCUUGUAAGAGUGCUUAUGGGAAGUUGGAGAUUGUUUUAAGAAGAAAUCCCAUUGUGUCUGUUGAUGAAAAUGCAGUUAGUGUUCUUGUUCCCAACCCAGAUCGAACGUUUGAUGGAGAUUGUGUUCAACUUGGUUUUCUGCCUAGAGAUGUUGCAAAAUGGGUUUCUCCUCUUUGGGAUUCUGGGUUCUUCACGUUUUCUGGAUAUGUUUGUCCAAAAGAGGCACUUGCAGCUGCCUUAGGAGAAAACUGCAAGAAACUGCAACUUAUACUAAAUGUGUCAGAGGGGCAUCAUUUUAAAGAUAUGUCAAAGAUGAUGCAAGCGGAACAAAUUGUGGCGUUUUGCUCACUCAUUGCUUCAAUUCAAAGAUGUUAUGGCCUUUGGAGAUUACAAGAGGUUCUAAAUCAAUACAGAUGGCCUGAAUCAUCGAAGUCUGAAAUUAUAUACAGUGCAUCUUCUAUCGGUACAUCUAUCAAUUCAAAAUUCCUUGCUGCUUUUUCCUCUGCUGUUGGGAAGAAAUCAUUGCAACAUUUUGAUUCAGAAGAGUCUGAUCCUGAAUGGGGCUGUUGGAAUGCUAGGGAAGAACUGAAAAACCCUUCUGUUAGGAUUUUAUUCCCCAGUAUUGAAAGAGUGAAGAAUGCUUAUAAUGGGAUUUUUCCUUCAAGACAUAUUCUUUGCUUCACUGAGAAAACAUGGCAAAGGUUGAAGACUUUAGAUAUACUUCAUGAUGCUAUUCCACAUCCACAUGAAAGAAUAGGGCAUCCAAUGCAUGUCAAGGUGGUGCGUAGAUGCUUCUGGUCUGGGAGAGAUGCACCUUCCGUUGGUUGGGUAUACUGUGGGUCUCACAAUUUUAGUGCUGCUGCCUGGGGGCGGCAAAUUUUAAAUCCAUUUAGGACAAAAGCUGAUGCGCCUCAAAAAGAGGACCCUUCUGUUGAUUAUGGGCUUCACAUUUGCAAUUAUGAACUUGGGAUUAUAUUUACUUUUCCUCCUACAGAAAAUAAUAUUUGUCCUGAAGUUAAAAGCACUAAAUUAGAUGAUAUAAUUCUGCCGUUUGUUGUGCCUGCUCCUAAAUAUGGAACUAGUGAUCAGCCAGCUACAAAGCAGGCUAUGAGGGAGGCCAUGGUUGAACUUGCUGAGCGAGAGAGGGAGAAACAUACAGAAGAAGAAAUGAUGGAAGAGCUUGAUGACGAAGAGGAAUAUGUCGAGCUUCCAGAAGAACUGGAAGCAACCAAUUAUGUUGAACAGGAGAAGGAAGAGGAGAAGGAAUAUGCUGAUAUACUCUGGAGUCAGGUUGAUUCGUCCCAGAGUAGUUGAACUUCUGCAGGAGCAACAUUAGGAGCUGGAAGCAAUGUUAUGGAGUUGUCAAUAGGUAUUUGAUACACGAUUGUUAAGGUAAGAAAUAUAUUACAAAAGGCAUGUGGACUAUAUUUUUUGUCAGGGGACUCGUGUAGCGUGACUCGGAAAUUAAACAGAAACAGUGGCAAAUGUUCAACUUGCCACGACUUGAAGGCUUAUCCUGAGAUAUCAGGAUUAAAGAGCGAAGCCAUUGAGUAUUCCUGAGAAAGUGAUUUGGAACACUAAUCCUAGGUUGAUUUAUAUUUGAAGCAGAAAGUGGUAUUUCACAGACCUCUUUGUGGUUCAAGCCCAUUUUAGGCUUGGUAGAUUACUGGUACCACUUUAUAGCCUCAGGUCCCCUAUCCUAGUUGUUGCUUGGAUUCCACCACAACGCGGGUUCUUGUUGAAAGAUAUCAGGGAGAUAGAUUGAAGGGCCCACUGUAUCAUUUAUCUCAGUUAAAGGAUUCAAUUAGAGGAUUUGAAAGUGGUGGCUACUCGUCAUGCAAUAGCACCAGCAGUGAAAAUUGUACACUGCAAUAACCCCAAGAAAAUACAAGGCAGGACCAAUCAUAAUUAGAUUAUGAGAAUUAUGUAAAUGUUAGGCUUUGUAGGUGUGUCAGCGUGUAGCAUUAUACUUUUCUGCCAAGAUAUUGACGCUUUGGAAGCAUGUAAUUGAACAGAGACUGUUGCUGUCAUUUUCACCGGCUGUUAUAUGGAUUCCAGGGUGGCCUUAAGAAUCCCAAUAUGAAUGCCAUUCUGUUGUCCAACCAGGUUGGGAAAACUGAAGUUGCAAAAUCUUCAGCAGCAUGCUACGUUGGAUCACUAUUAAGGCUUUAUUGAAUUCGAAGACAUCCUUUGCCGGUAAACUGCAAAAGGAUGCAAUCACCUCUUUGAUUGCAAGAUCAAUUGGUGUGUUGUAUUGUUGGAGACAGUAGACUGCAUUAUGCAACCAUUCUUUGGCAUUUAUUUAUGUUAACCAGAUAAAGAUAUGCUCUCAUCAUGGGCGAAUAAAUGUACAUAUGAUCACUGAACUAUUAGUCUAUUUAGUGCCGGAGGUUUGGGUGAUUCAUAUGAAGUCUUAAAUUGUAAUCUCAAUGUUGUCAUUGUAUAAAAAGAAAAUUGUAUACGUGAUCACUCAAAAAUUGUAUUGGUACAUGUCAAAUGUAACUGAUUUCUUUUUAUUUAUUUAUUUAUAAAAUUUGGCAUAUAUAUUUUCGUGAUUGAA